UUUCUCGAAUGUCACGUGUGAGGGAGGAUUGACACAGUUUGAGCAGCAGCAGAAGGGAGUAACGUGCAACGGCGAGAGACUCGACGCUGUCGCAGUAAAAGUUUGAAGCGUGGAUUUGUCUCAUUUACCUGCGCACAUUCACCACCAACAACUGUCCUGUUGUGUCCUCUCUCUUCUGUCAGCAGCAGACAGGUAAGAUGAAGAUCCAGCUGUGCUGACCUACAGCAGCUCAUCGAGUCACUACACUGGAGCGUGGGAGUCUGCAGCUGCAGCCUGGAUGUGAGUGAGUGAGUGAGUUGGAAAAUCAAAAACCUCACUGUGCGAUGUGUGGACCUUUUCUCCCCCUGCGUCACCGCCACUGUCUGCUGCUUCUGCUGCUGUGGAUCAUAGGAGCAGCCGUUUUCACGACUCAUGGUGAAGUGAUCACUCCUGCCAGCCUGGCCGCAGAAGCCGGUCGCCCUCUCGUGCUUGGCUGCAACAUCACCAUGGCACCAGAUGACGUUGUCUUGCAAGUCCGCUGGCAGUACGGGGACAAGCUCCUGCUGGCGUACCAGCCAGGAAAACCACUCCGCAUCACCCACCACAACCAAAGUGUGCAGUUCACCGAGCCCCGCGACAACGCCAGCUACAUCACCAUCAAGAGGGUGCUGCCUGAUGAUGACGGGGGCUGCUUCCGCUGCAUAUUUGAUGUUUACCCUUCAGGCACACAAGAAGGACGGACGUGCAUCAGAGUCACCAGCAGUGUGUGGCCGACAGUCAACAAGACGGCCAUAAGUGGGAAACCUGUCACAUUCUCCUGCCAGUACAGUGUCCCGGAGAGGGUGGAACAGGUGAUGUGGAGGAAGACAGCGGAGCAGGGCGACACCACCACCAUGGCUUCCUACAACAAAAGGGACUACUAUAAGAUUGAGGAGCAGUUCAAGGGUCGUGUCAGCCUGAGUAAAACUCUGGGCGAGACCAAACUGACCAUCCAGUCAGUGAGGACAGAGGACGAGGCCUGCUACACGUGUGAGUUCCACGCAUACCCAGACGGCAGCAAAAGAGCCAACACCUGCCUCUCUGUCUACGUUUUACCCAAACCAGAGGUGAACCACGUGACCUCCUCUCCAGGAGUCACCGAGGCCAACUGCACCGCCCAGUCCCGCCCCGCAGCGGACAUCACGUGGAACCUUGCCAGCGACAACCGGACAAUAGGACCACCCAUAUCAUCUGCAUAUGAUCAGGGAGACGGCACAACGAUAGUGACAAGCUCGAUUUUGUUCCACUCUGAACUGCUAAGUGAUACAGUCAAGUGCAUUGUGCACCACCAGGGUUUGGAGAAUCCUCUGACGGUGUUCGUCACGACAAAUGUGCCUACAGCCAUGGUUAUCCUCCUCUCCGUGUGCGGUGUGGCGGCGGUGCUCCUCCUCUGUCUGUGCGUGUGUCUGUGCAAGCACUUUGUCUGCACCGACGACUGAUUUGGAUCCCGUCGCCACCGCUUUGAUGAGUGUCCAGCUGAGUUCUGGGCCUGACCUCGCUGCACACAGCAAUGUGCCGUCCAGCUCAGUGUGCACAGGAAGGGAACAGAGCUCUAACCGUGCCUCUGCUGCCAUGUGCAGGGUCGACACUGCUAGAGCAGACACACAUUCACUACAGUGUCAACAGAACUAAAAUCACCUUGUUAAAUGCUAACAGUAGAAAAACUGCUAAUUUCAUUGAGGACAUUUGUGAGUUAAUGUUCCCUCAAUUUAUCAUAACCACAGUUUUGGUCUCUAACCUUAAACACCACUGUUGCUGUCCAUGUGCUGUAUAUGUGAGUGUGUGUGAGUGUGAUCAGGUUAACUCUCAAGCACUCAACAGUGUGAUAUAUAAACAUUUAUUGCUUGCUUUAAAGUUGGUUAAGACCACUGAACUCAUACUGAUAACACGGCUACGGAACACAGGGACAGAAGACAUUUCAGCUAAUUAAGAAAAGGCUCACCUCACAAACUCUACACCUGCUUAAUUCUACGAUAUCUUAAGAAUAUUUUUGUUGAAACUGAAGUUUUUAAACUGCUUUUUAUUCUGCACCAAAUACCAUAGAGAAAACCAAUGUUUUUCAGCUCACAGAGGGAAUGGGAGCUGCUGAUCUACUGUAGUGUUUUGGUCACUUAGGUAAAUAUUUAUGUAAGAAUAUCACUGAAAUCACACAAGAAAAACAUUUGAAAUGGCUGAUGGGGCAGCAGUGGAUUAACAUCUCUUGUUUUUUUUCUCAAUGGGUUUUGGUGUGGAAGAGGAAGACGUCAAACAUCAGUUUCCAGCUGGAAAAAGUUGUCUAAAAGUGGCAGUACUCUCAAGUUAUAUAGUUUAUUCAACGUGCUUUAUGUUAAGAUACUGACAUCUGUUGUUCCUUGUGUCACUGCUGGCAGCCACAUUACACGAUCCAGUACCAUGUCACACUGAUACUAGCACAUCAUAAGUAGAUUAACCUUUUGACACACUGAGCCCGCUUUCUAUGAAAGUUUUAAAAUAAUACUUCAAAUUUAGCUGGUUACCCACCUAGUCCUGGACAUUUGACUCAUCUAAUGACAUCUUUUUAGUCAAACCUUGACUCUAAAUGAUUUGGCCCUGGAGAAUCUUAGAUAAAUUCAUUAUCCUGUAAAUUGUUAUGAAUUUAUUUAAGAUUGUAGCUAAUCUCUGUUAAGUGCGCAUGCAUACACUGGUCUUGAGUUGUCUCGCCCUGCUUCGGUGCCUCAAAGUCUCAUCUUGGUCUCUGGGCGCUGUGGUUUCCAUUAGUGUGGUCUACAAUAUGAUAUCAUUCAGUGUGGGUUCGCGUGGCCUAGGUGUGUCCACGGAAACAGGUGUCGGUAAUACUAUUGUACCUCCACAGUUCAGACGGAUGUAAACAAGCUGCUGCCACAUAUGUCACUUGCACUUUUUAACUGAGCGUGAAGCAGUGGUGUUGCAGAAAUGUUUAUUUGGUUAUUUGGUGUAAAUAGUGGUUCAAAGACACCACAGGGAGCAACUGAUUAGUUCCCAGACAAAAAAAAAAACAAAAAACAAUUUUUCCUGAGCUGAAAAGAUGCAGCAGUUGUUUUGUGUCUCACAGAAUGAGAGGUUUAUUGUUCACAGCCGCCGUGCUGUGUGGGGGUGAACGCGACCACCCAAACUGAUCCCGUGAUGAGUGCAUGUGUGUGUGAGACGGUGUCUUAAGUGUGUGUGUGUGUUUUGUAUCAUUGCACUCUAACAGUAUUUCAGAGUUCUAUUUGCAGUGAAUAGCACCACAUGGCUGUCAUGGGCUGCAGCUAAUUUAGUAGAAAAUGUCAUUUAUAACACAUUAACAUCUACUGUCACUGAAGUCUUUUCUCUGUCUGUAUAUAAAGAUGAUGCAAACGUGCUCUACUGCUGUAAAAAUGUUUCUUAUUUGUGUUAUUAUUAUUAUUAUUAUAAUACUUCUGUCUUUUUGUUGUUGUCCUGUUUUGUUUCGGAGCAGUAUUUAUUGUUUCCAGGGCUGAUGCUGAUGAAUCAGUGCCAGCUGGAACAAAUAAAACAACAAGACUUUA